GGGGUCGCCACCUUCGACGACCUUGCUUUGACUUUGGAACACAGAUUCGUCGCGAUUUCAUCUCCUCCUCACGAUUGGAUUUAUCGAACAGGAGUCAAUUACGUGACGUUACUUAUCUCAUCAAUAAAGACUUAACGAGUCUCGUUAUAUCCGACAAUAUUCGUCUUUUCUUUAGAAAUCUUGCAAGUAGAACUACAAAGAGAAGCAUCGUUAUGGCGCUCAACAAGCUCAGUAUCGAUAAAGUUGAAUUGACAGAUAAAAGGGUGCUUAUACGAGUCGACUUCAAUGUACCGCUGAAAGAAGGAAAGAUAACAAAUAAUCAGAGAAUCGUCGCUGCAUUAGAUAGUGUGAAAUAUGCCAGUGACAAGAAAGCCAAGUCGAUCGUUCUAAUGUCCCAUUUAGGUCGACCCGAUGGAAAGAGGGACGAGAAAUAUACACUGAAACCUGUGGCUGAGGAACUCAAAACUUUGUUAGGAAAAGACAUUUUAUUCUUGAAUGAUUGUGUCGGGCCUGAAGUAGAAGCUGCUUGUGCCAAUCCAACACCUGGUACUAUUAUUUUAUUAGAAAACUUGAGAUUUCACAUUGAAGAGGAAGGUAAAGGAGUAGGUCCUGAUGGAAGUAAGAUUAAAGCUGACAAAGACAAGGUUACAGAAUUUAGAGCAUCUUUGAGAAAACUAGGAGAUGUAUAUAUAAAUGAUGCCUUUGGAACUGCUCAUCGUGCUCAUAGUUCCAUGAUGGGGGAUGGAUUUGACAUAAGAGCAAGUGGUUUUCUAUUGAAAAAAGAACUGGAAUACUUUGCAAAGGCUUUAGAUAAUCCAGAAAGACCAUUUUUGGCUAUACUUGGAGGAGCCAAAAUUGCUGAUAAAAUUCAAUUAAUUAACAAUUUGUUAGACAAAGUAAAUGAAAUGAUCAUUGGAGGUGGUAUGGCCUACACAUUUUUAAAAAUAUCCAAAGAUAUGAAAAUUGGAAAUUCACUAUUUGAUGAAGAGGGAGCAAAAAUCGUCAAUGAUUUAUUAGACAAAGCAAAAAAAAACAAUGUCCAAAUUCACUUACCAGUAGAUUUUGUAACUGCUGAUAAGUUUGCGGAAGAUGCAACAGUAGGAGCUGCAGAUAUAGAAAAUGGUAUUCCUGAUGGAUGGAUGGGUUUAGAUAUUGGUCCAAAAUCAAGGGAUUUAUUUGCAGAACCAAUCAAGAGAGCAAAAGUUAUAGUAUGGAAUGGCCCAGCAGGAGUAUUUGAGUUUGACAACUUUAGCAAAGGCACAAAGAGCUUGAUGGACAAUGUCGUUGAAGCUACAACUCGAGGAACGAUCACUAUCAUCGGAGGCGGAGACACGGCGACGUGUGCGGCCAAAUGGAAAACAGAAGAUAAAGUUAGUCAUGUAAGCACUGGUGGUGGUGCGAGUCUGGAACUUUUGGAGGGUAAGGUAUUACCUGGAGUUGCUGCCCUUUCUCCGUCGUAAAUUUAUAAUGCCAAUGGAAAGGACAACUUAUCAAAGAAAAUGUACAAUUAUGACAUUAAUCAUUUUCAUAGAAGUUUAACGAGUAGUUGUUGAGGAAUAAAACUAUUCGUUAGAUUUAAUGUUGAUAGGAUUAUUGUAAAAAAUAAAAAAAACGUUCAUUCGCUAAACUAUCAACAUAA